AUGUCGCUAUUGCACAGCCCGAAAGCCACUCGCUCGGGAAAGCUGCAUGGUGGCACAGACAAAGAUGAAAACGAAGAGGAAAACAACCAACAGCGCUCGGCCGAAGCGAUGGAUGCUCUGAGCCGGAAGAUUAGUGUCCUGAGUCGCCAGCGCAAGAAGGCGGCUGAUAAGAUCAAGCGGAUCGGAGGAAUUGUGAUCGACGACGACGCCGACGUAUCCGUGCCGAAAUUGAAAGUGUACAUGAAGAAUGUCGACGCAGCCUACAGUGAGUUUAAUGGUUUCCACAAUCAACUCGCUGAGAUCAUCCCGGAUGAAGAAAUAGAGGAGCACGACCAAGUGUACAUCGAGUUCGAGAAGGACUACCACGAAGUGUCAUCGUACAUCGAAGAGAUGCAGAUGGACGCGGCGAAGAACGAAGCUCCUGAAAUCAAGCCCCAAGUCAUCGUCCAGCAGCAACCGCUGAAGGCACCGAUACCGACAUUCGACGGCCGAUACGAGAAUUGGCCAAAAUUCAAGGCGAUGUUCCUCGACGUGAUGGCUAAGUCCAAUGAUACUGACGCUAUCAAGUUAUAUCACUUGGACAAAGCUCUCGUCGGAACAGCAGCAGGCAUCCUCGACGCCAGGACGAUGAACGAGAACAACUACGCUCACGCGUGGAACAUUCUCACGGAACGAUUUGAAAAUCCCCGUGUCAUCAUCAACACCCACAUCCGUGGCCUUCUGUCUCUGAAGAAAAUGACGAUGGAAUCUCACCGUGAGUUGCGACAGUUGGUUGAUGAUUGCUCCAGGCACAUCGAGAGCCUCCGUUACCUGAAACAGGACCUCCUCGGUGUGUCAGAACUGAUCGUGGUGCAUCUACUUGCAUCAGCCCUCGAUCCCGUUACUCGGAAGCAGUGGGAAGCAACCAUCGUUCGAGGAACGCUUCCGAAGUACGAAGACAUGAUGAAGUUCCUGAAGCAACAGUGUGACAUCCUGGAGAACUGCGAAACGUCAGUUCAAGUCCCUACUCCUCGUGCGGAAAGAUCGAACGUAAAGGCCGCAGAUCCAUCGAAGCCAAGUCCGAAGUCCAAUCCGAAGAUCCUUGCUGCUUCUACUAGCGGCGGCAGUGCUUCAAGCGAAACAUGUGACUUCUGCGGUGAGUUCCACAAAAACUUCCAGUGUGAGCAGCUGCAAUCCAUGACCGUACCCCAGCGGGUCGAGAAAGCACGUUCCAUGGGCAUGUGCUUCAAUUGCCUGAGGAAGGGCCACCGGCUGAAGGAUUGUCCAUCCGAUCGAAAGUGUUUGAAGUGUCGCCAGCGUCAUCAUACACAACUCCAUGACGAGACCAAGUCCAAGCCCAACCAACCCGAAAGCAGGACUGCCGAAGAACCCGUUCCGUCGGAUCCCGCUCCGAAGCCUGUGGUGAAAGAAGCUCAAGCCAGCAGUUCCAGUGCCUCCACACCGCAAGGCGCACACAACGUGACGUCGUCGUGUUCGCUUCAGGCAGCACCGAUCAAGAAAACCGUUCUCCUCCUGACGGCAGUGGUACACGUUUUCGAUGCUCAAGGUAAGCCUCACUGUUGUCGGGUUCUGCUAGACUGCGGGUCCCAAGUACACCUGAUUACGAAGGAGAUGGCCGAACGCAUCGGCGCAAAGAUUUCAUCGGCGAAUGUGAAGAUUUCCGGUGUCAACAAUCGGACAACCACCAGCAUGGAGAAAGCCACCGUCAAGUUCCGGUCCCGUUAUAGUGACUACCGCGCCACGGUAGAGUGCGUCGUGACCCCGGCGGUGACCGGCAGAAUUCCAAGCUCCCACAUCGACGUGACCGAUUGGUGCAUUCCUCCCGGGUUCCAAUUGGCCGAUCCUGAAUUCAACGUCCCUCAAGAAAUCGAUAUGCUGAUCGGUAAUGAGCUGUUUUUCAAGAUCAUCCGGUCCGGUCAGUAUCGGCUGGCAGAGCACCUACCAGAGCUACGUGAUACUCAUCUCGGGUGGGUGUUCACCGGUGAGCUGGAAGAAGCGUAUCAGCAAGGUCCAUCGUAUUCCCACACGAUCACCGUCGAGAACGUGUAUGAAGCCCUGCAACGAUUCUGGACCGUCGAAGAAGUUGCUGAUCAAGAACCCAUCUCAUCUGAAGAAGUAGAGUGUGAGAAUCAUUUCCGCUACACACAUGAACGCACCGACGAAGGAAGAUUCGUUGUGCAACUCCCACUGAAGGAAAACGCCUCCCAGCUGAGUGACUGCAGGUCGGUCGCUUUGAAAAGAUUCCACCUCCUCGAACAACGUCUCGUUCGGAAUCCGUGUCUCCGAGAGCAGUACUUGCACUUCAUCAAGGAGUAUGAGCUGUAA